AAGGUUGACCCCAGUUAUCCCACUUUAAGACUCAGAGCCCGGGACUGCUUAUGUGAGACCCAGAAAUCUGGUGCAGGCACCAGUCAACAUAAUUUACUACUGAGCAGGCCUUGUGUUCCUUAAGCCUGUUAUUGAGGACAGAAACAUGGAACUGGCCAGAAGAUGCACUGAAAUUAUAAGUGAUAUCCACUAUAAAGAAGAGUAUGAAAAAUCUAAAGGCAAGUUCACAUUUGUAUCUGACACCCCUCAGUUAAAACAUGUGAAAAAUUUGAGUGCUUUUAUUUCUGAGGCAAAGUACAAAGGAUCUGCUAAAAAAGACCUUUCCAAUUCUCUAUAUAAGCAGAUGCCAGCCACAAUUGACAGUGUGUUUGCAAGAGAAGUUACACAGCUUCAGAGCAAGGUACUCUACAAACAGAAAUAUGAUACUGAAAAAGGGACAUCAGAUUAUGCACAUAUGAUGGAGCCCCCAGAUGUUAAGCAUGCUAUGGAAGUCAAUAAACACCAGAGUAAUGUGUCAUAUAAGAAAGAUGUGCAAGAUACACACAGAUACACUGAAGUGCUGAACAGGCCAGACAUAAAGAUGGCAAGCAAGAUAACAAAGAUAAUAAGCAAUGCUGAAUAUAAGAAACAAAGAGGAGAAAUGAAUAAGGAGACUGCUGUACUCGGAAGACCAGAUUUUGAGCUUGCUAAGGAAGUUUCUAAACUCUUAAGCCAAGUUAAAUACAAAGAGCAAUUCAAUAAGGAAAUGAAGAAUCACCAGUAUAACCCUCUUGGCAGUGCUUCUUUCAAGCAAGCACAGAUGGCAUCCACCUUGGCGAGUGAUGUGAAAUACAAAAAAGAUAUGGUGGAAAGUCUACACAAUCCAGCUUCAGACCUACCAAACUUGCUAUAUUUAAUGCAUGCUUUAAAUGCCAGCAAAAUGCACAGUAAUUAUGAAUAUAAGAAACUCUUUGAGAAAAGCAAGGGGCACUAUCAUUUUGCCCUGGAUACAACUGAACAGAUGCAUCACAAAGAAAAUGCUGUGCUCCAAAGUCAGGUUAAAUACAAAGAGGAUUAUGAAAAAUCAAAAGGCAGGUCAAUGAUGGAGUUCAUGGAUACACCAAUUUAUCAAGUUUCAAAAGACGUUCAAAAGAUUCAAAGUGAGAAAGCAUAUCGCAAAGAUUUUGAAGAAGGGCUUAAAGGAAAGGCAUCACUGGAUUUAGACAAGACCCCAGAAUUCUUGCAUGUACAACAUGUCACCAAACUUUUGAAAGGGAAAGAGUAUAGAAAAGAUUUGGAAGAAGGGAUGAAAGGAAAAGGACUGACGGUGUUUGAAGAUACUCCGGAUUUGAUUAGAGUGAAAAAUGCAGCCCAGAUACUGAAUGAGAAAGAAUAUAGAAAAGAUCUGGAAAAUGAAAUAAAGGGGAAAGGAAUGACACUAAUUCCAGAUAUUCCUGACAUUCGGAGAGCAAAAAGAGCAUCUGAAAUUGUCAGUGAGAAAGAAUACAAGAAAGACCUGGAGACUGAAAUUAAAGGGAGGGGCAUGCAAGUGGGCACAGACACCCCUGAGAUACAACGGGCCACAAAAGCUUCUGAAAUUGCAAGCCAGAAAGAAUACAAGAAAGACCUAGAGACUGAAAUUAAAGGGAAGGGGAUGCGAGUAGGCACAGAUACCCCUGAGAUACAACGAGCCAAGAAAGCUUCUAAAAUUGCAAGCCAGAAAGAAUACAAGAAAGAUCUGGAGACUGAAAUUAAAGGGAAGGGGAUGCAAGUGGGCACAGAUACUCCUGACAUACGAAGAGCCAAAAGAGCUUCUGAAAUUGCAAGCCAGAAAAUGUACAAAGAUGAAGCAGGGAAGAUGCUCUGUAACUACUGUACCAUACCAGAUACUCCAGAAAUUGAGAGGAUUAAGAAUACUCAGAAAAACAUCAGUUCAGUAUUUUAUAAGAAGGAAGUAGGCUCUGGCACACCAGUCAAAGAGACUCCUGAGAUUGAACGAGUAAAGAAAAAUCAGCAGAAUAUUAGUUCAAUAAAAUACAAAGAAGAAGUGAAGCAUGCCACAACAAUUUCAGAUCCCCCAGAAAUAAGAAGAGUUAAGGAAAACCAGAAGAAUAUUAGCAAUGUUCAGUACAAAGAGCAGCCUUGUAAAGCUACGCCUGUGACUGUCACCCCUGAGAUGGAAAGAGUCAAGAAGAAUCAAGAAAUUGUCAGCUUGGUUCACUAUAAAGGGCAGCCUGCCAAAGCUACUUCUGUGAGUGUCACUCCUGAGAUGGAGAGAGUCAAGAAGAAUCAAGACAAUAUCAGCUCGGUCAAGUACAGCAGUGAUCAGAAGCAGAUGAAAGGUAGACCUAGUGUGAUUCUUGACACACCUGAACUAAGGCAUGUCAGAGAAACACAAAACAACAUCUCAAUGGUGAAAUAUCAUGAAGAUUUUGAGAAGACAAAAGGCAGAGGUUUUACACCAGUGGUGGAUGAUCCUGUGACAGAACGGGUGAGAAAAAACACCCAGGUUGUGAGUGAUGCUGCAUAUAAAGGAGUACAUCCACAUAUAGUUGAAAUGGAUAGAAGACCCGGAAUAAUUGUUGACCUCAAAGUUUGGCGCACAGAUCCUGGCUCCAUCUUCGACAUUGAUCCUCUGGAAGACAGUAUUCAGUCUAGGAGUCUGCAUAUGCUUUCUGCCCCUGUGCUUCCUGGGGCAUAUCAACAAAGUCAGUCCCAAGGGUAUGGAUACAUGCACCAGACCAGUAUGUCAUCUAUGAGGUCGAUGCAUUCACAGCCACAUUCAGCAGGUUUGAGAACAUACAGAGCUAUGUAUGACUACAGUGCGCAAGAUGAAGAUGAAGUUUCCUUCAGGGAUGGGGACUAUAUCAUCAAUGUGCAACCAAUUGAUGAUGGCUGGAUGUAUGGUACUGUUCAGAGAACUGGGAAAACAGGAAUGCUUCCAGCAAAUUAUAUUGAGUAUGUUAACUAAUUUUUGUCCCUAGUCCUUUGAGCUUUAUUCUGAUUUACUCAAAACUUAACCCUUUUGAAACAAAAUACUCAGAAGAAACUUUUAAGACCACAUAUUUGUUACUUUAUCACUAAUAUAACAAUCUGAUGUAAGAAUUGCAAUCUGACACACAUAUCCAAACAGUAUGGCUUACAAUAAUACUUUGUAAGAACAAAAGACGUAUGUGGAAGCCCGGUGCUGCCAAUUAUGUAAAGGUUUCCAUCCAUUAGCUAUAAAGGAGAAAUCUCUUUUUCUUAGAUUCUCUUUUAAACGUAACCAUAACAUGGAUUCUUUUCUUAUGUCACUUUGAAAUCACAAGCAGCUAAUACUUUCAAUUUAGUAACACAUUCUAAUCAUUUUUAAAGCUGUUUAACUUAGAGCAUUUAACAUCCCAAUAAAAACUGGAUAAUGCAGCCUUUUAAGUAACAGGAGAUAACGUGCUGGUAAAAAUCCUACUGCCCGGCAGCCUUAUAAGAAACAAAAAGUCUGUCUCUUGACAGUGGAAGUUCCCAGUUCUCACUUGCCCCCACCACCACACUCAUUCCUGGGUCUUACACUGGCUCUCCUUCAUGACUGUACCCUUAGCUCCUGUCAGUUUUGCUUGCUUCCCAAUCCAUCAGUUUUGAUUGUGCCUUGAUUCCUGGCAAAUCUGUGUCUUUUUCACAGCAUAUUUCCCACUGCACUGAGUGCAGAGCCAAAUUGCCACCUCUUCUGUUUCCCUUAAAUAAUACUUGAGAGACCAGGUGGGUGAGGUAAUAUAUUUCACUGGAUCAACUUCUGUUGAUGAGAGAGACAAACUUUUGAGCUUAC